AUGAAGUUAACCCCCCUUUCACUCCUUGCGCUGGGCGCUCUUCUCCCGGACAUGGGCAGCGCCCAGUUGUCCGGUAAGGUUGGACCGUCCACUACCGCCGCCGCCAAGGCGGCCAAGAAGACAUGCAAGAUCACCGACUACGGUGCCAAGAGCGGUGCCACCGGAGACAUCGGUGCAGCGCUCAAGUCCGCCUGGGACGCCUGCAAGACCGGAGGCGAGAUUCUGAUCCCUGAGGGAGAAUGGGGUCUCGGUACUUGGCAGACGCUCUCCGGUGGUACUGGUGUUUCAAUCAACCUCCAAGGCACCAUCUACCGCACUGGCACCGCCGGUGGCCAUAUGAUCAUAGUCCAGAAGUCGACCGACGUGGAGUUCUACAGUAGCAACUCCAAAGGGGCAAUGCAAGGCUAUGGAUACGAGUUCCACAAGCAGGGCACCGGUGUCUAUGGACCUCGUCUCCUGAGAUUUGUCUCCGUCACAAACUUUAGUGUUCACGAUAUCGCCCUCGUCGACUCCCCUGCGUUUCAUUUCGUCAUGGACACCGUCACCAAUGGAGAGGUUUACAACAUGAUUGUCCGUGGAGGAAACCGUGGCGGUCUUGAUGGAAUCGACUUGAUGACCGCUAAGAACGUGCACGUUCAUGAUGUUGCUGUCACCAACAAGGACGAGUGCAACAUCCUCAUUGAGAACAUCUUCUGCAACUGGUCGGGCGGUUGCGCUAUUGGUUCCCUGGGUGCCGAUACUGCCAUCUCGGACAUCCACUACCGCAAUGUCUACACCUCAAACUCGAACCAGAUGAUGAUGAUCAAGAACAAUGGCGGCAACGGUGGCUUCCAAAACGCCAAGUUCGAGAACUUCAUCGGCCACGGCAACGCCUACUCCCUAAAGAUUGACGCCGCCUGGGCCGGUCAAAGCAAGGUCUCCGGCAACGGUGUCGAAUACAGGAACCUGACCUUCUCUAAUUGGAAGGGUACUGCCGCCAACGGUGCCUCCCGCGGCCCGGUGGUUGUCCUCUGUGCUGCCGCCGCUCCUUGCGAGAACAUCGACGUCUCGGGCAUCAACAUAUGGACCGAGGCUGGGUCUUCCAUUAUUGACAAGUGCAGCAACGCUUUUGGUAAGGGUCACUGCCUCCGCAACGGCUCCGGCACCUACACCAGCGCGGCCACCACCAAGACCGUCGCUGGCUACUCGGCCCCCACGAUGCCCGGUCAGGUCACCGCUGGCCUGGGUAUCACUAAGCCCAUCGACAUUCCCCCACUUCCCACGACCUUCUACCCUGGUGUUAAACCUAUCAGCGCUUUGGCUGGCUCGGCUUAA